AUGCCUUCAACAGCCAUGGAGACGAUAGACGAGUCUAGUAUCAGUUCGAAUGCUCGAAUGCUUGCCUGUACAAGUUGCAAACAGUACGUUUCCGACCUUCCCUUCAUGAUUGACUUGUCCUGUAAACCCCGGGCUGACUACGAGGGUUUCGCCACUGCAGACGCAAGAAAAGAUGCAGUUCCGCAAAGCCACAGUGUGACCUGUGUGUGUAGACGUCUCGGGGUCCGAUGUGUAUACCCACGCUUUUCGUUCAAACCUGGCCCAAAAAAGAAGCAGGCCUUCACUGCUAUACCACGCACCGAAGAGCUACCACGCACCGAACAGCCAACAAUAGCCGACUCCUCUAUUCGCCCAGGCGAAGAAUAUAACUUUCUAUCACUUCCCAGAGAUGGAUACCUUGCAUAUGAUAGUUCGAUGCCUGGCCAAAGAACGACAGAUGCAAGUGGGUCACAACAUAAUCCGGAGACAUCCGACGUACUAACAGAGCCUCAUCUGUUCAAUCCGCCUCCCAUAUUCGACGAAACUCUCUUUCACGAUAGGUUGUCGUCUAUAUCUUCGGAUGCCAUCACUUCUGAUCCUGGUGGCCCCCUAGCACUCCUGGGUCAAAACACAGAUCCGUUCCGAGUGGUACCACCUAUCAUCUAUCCGCCUUCGCCUUCGCUACCUUCCAGGGAGAUCAUCAACCACCUAGUCGAUGUCUUCUUCGACGUUGUACAUCCCCAGUUCCGACUGCUUCAUCGCCCAACACUCACAGAGCAAUUACAUGACCCAUCGUACCUUGCCACUAAAGAAGCGGCUUUUCUCUUAAACGCCAUCUUUGCUCUUACCGCGAGGUAUUUGGGCGAUAUUCGGGUGGAACUCUUUGACCUGUCACUCUUACGACGCCAGAGUGAUAAAUCAUCUCUCUCAAACACGUCCCUAUUAAAUCCUUCCUAUCAGCGAAAGGGCCGUUGGGAGCGAGGCCAGGGCCUUCUUCAGCUAGCGAACAGACUGCUCCAGGAAGAAAUCGCCGAGGCGGAACGUCUUGAGAAUAAGACUGGUGAGACACAAGAACCUCGAAUUCAAUUGCUCCAAGCAGCCGCUCUCCUUGCCUUUGCAGAGUUGGGGAUGGGCAUAAGCAGUAGGGCCCAUUCGAUGAUGUCAAUGUGUGCCCGAAUGGCUUACGAUCUAGACCUGGGCUCCAUCGACUGUGAUGAUUAUGAGUCACAGGUUGAGCUAUCUCUGGACAAGCAUAGCUGGAUUAGAAAGGAGGAACUUCGACGCCUGUGGUGA